AUGGAGCAAGGUGCCAUCCUCCAGCAUCAGCUUCCCAUUCACGACUAUUCCCUCCCAUCGGAUCACGACUACAACGAUCAAUUCUCUGGGCAUGGAUCCUUCACGGCAGGUGGUGCAGGCCGGGAAAACAACAAUUCUCUUCAGGGAUCCGCACCUUUCAACUUUACGGCCACUAACAGCGCUGCUCGCUUCGUUUCUGAUCGUGGGGUGGCGUCAGACAGUAGCAGCUAUCAUACAACGAGCAACUUCACGGAUCAAUCAAGCUCGGCGGGAUCCAUUAGCACCAGUCCGUCGUCUGCAGCAUCAUCACUCGCGUAUACGGGAUACGUGGGCCAGAAUCCCUGUGCGACCAUACCUAGCUUUCCCGGAUCUGUACAACCGUUCGUACCAGCACCGUAUGCUAACCCACGUGCGGGUGGUAUGCUGCCGCCUCCUUUGACUCGGCCAUCACCUACCGAGCGCGAGGCGUAUCAGCAUUCGUCCCUACUAGGGCGAACAUCUCAAUCGAUCUCAGGCAACCACACUGGCUACAACUCAUACGCAACAGAGACACCGAGGAGCACACUAUUUAACGGCUUGUCUCACUACUCCAACAGCACCCCCAGCCACAGCAUGGCAUCGCCACCGGGCUACGGGAGCAGCGGCGAUUCUUGCAGUCAAUUCCCAUGGCCGACCCUGGAGAUCCACGCCGAAAUGACAUCCGAGGGUCAAGCCGUCACUCCAGAGGUCCAUGCUAAAGUCGAGAAAGGCUUCUUCCUGUCUACCGUCGACCAGAAGUGGACCUGUUAUCGACGCAACUACUUCUCUGUCCAGUGCAACUUUGAAUUGCACCCGAACAUCACCAAUGGCCGUAUGUUCCUCAAGCGUACGAACAGUCCGAAUACAGAACAGAUUCAAGCCAUGGGUAUGCGGUUGUCAGCAGCCGUUGAUGGGCCUGGUGGCAAGAGUAUCGAGCUUGUUCAGCACACCCCCAAGCGCGACAAUGGCCCGAAGAACAAGAUUGACAUCACAAGGGUCUCACCAACACCAACCUCUGGGCGCAAUGAACACAUGGUCUCACCACAUGGUCUCUACCAGGCACCGAUGUCUACCUUUCACGCAACAGGCCAGGUGCCUGGGCCAUUCCUUCCCUUGCAGAACGCCAACGAYCCCAAUGCGUCGCCCUCAACAAAUGCCCCAGCACUUCCUGCACCUUAUCCAUACUCAGCAGCAGCAGGAUCUCACGUGCAGCUUCCUGGUCAGAAUACAUCUCACACCUUUGAACGAGUGCAGUUCAAGCAGGCUACAGCAAACAACGGCAAGCGAYGAGCAUCACAACAGUACUUCCACUUGAUCGUGGAGCUAUUUGCAGACGUCCGAAAAGAGAACAGCGAUACUCCUACCUGGGUCAAGGUUGCCCACAGAGUCAGCGAGAAGAUUGUGGUUCGUGGUCGAUCGCCCAGCCACUAUCAGAACGAGGGUCAGCACCAGAACGGCAGGACCGGUAGCUCUGGUGGUAGCAGUGGUUACAGCACGACCGGGGGUGCAAACUAUGGGGGUCUCACCGCUGGAGGAUUCCGGACUUCUUCUUCUGGCUAUGGUGGUGGUAUGAACGGAGGGUCAUACCGUGCGAAUGCAUACGCUGGAUACCAUCACUCACCCGAGAACUCUGGCAGUAGUGCGUCCAGUGUCGACGGAGGAGCCGCCGACCCCGAGUACCAGCCCGACGCCGUCAUGUCAGAAGCUGAGAGAAACGACAUGCAAGGACAGGAAGGCUAUCGAUACUACCCGGGUCCCAUCUACGAAGGCAUUCCUCCGCAUGCCGGCCUGCCUCUUCCGAAAAUCGAGAGCACUGCGCGAUACUCCACAGACCCCUCUCAAUGGGCCGUCAAGCAUGAGUACCACGAGCCCGUCGCAGCAGCGCCAUGGCCAGCGAACAGUAUCACAAGAUUCCAAGGCGUUGAGUCAAGUCGAGGUUACUUCCCUGAUCUAGCAUCGAACAACUACUCAUAA